AUUUAUCGGUUUAUCUUCCAUGCUUCAUAUGCUGUGGUAGGGUGUUCCCCGAGUUCACCUUUAUUCUAUGAGCUCACUUCAUGUACCGUGUGCGGCUGGUGUGCGGUUCAUUCGAGAUGUCUGGUUUAUUUGCGUUAGGUUCUGGGGCCGGUUCACUCUACCGGUAGCCGGCAAACGCGCGAGAACAUGAUUUGAGAAGAGCGAUGUUCUCUAGUGGUACAUUUUAUUUUGCCCAAUUCGCUUGAAAGAAAUCUCCAAGGCCAGCUACAUCUUGAAACAACGAUCUUGCCACCGGUGCUGUCACUUAACCUCGGGAUUUGUUUACUCUUGCUACCUUUUAAGACGCAAAGCAUACAGUCUCGAAGGGCAAGUCUUGCAUUUGAUCAAGGAGUUUGAUGCCGCGGCCGGCGAUCGCAAGGACACCAGCUUUAACGUAAGGACAUCAGAGUGCCGCGAGCAUGUCGAGCUUGCUGCCCGAGACGGAUAGCGAGGACGAACUGCCAGCGGGCUGGGAAGAGUGCGUGGCGAGCGACGGCUCGGUCUACUACGCCGACCACUUGGGCCAGCGCACGCAGUGGGUGCACCCGCGGACGGGAAAGCGCAAGCGUGUCGCGCAGCGACUGCCGUUCGGCUGGGAGCGCAGCGGCGACGGCGCUUUCGUCGAGCGGGCCUCGGGACGUCGAAGCCAGACCGACCCUCGGCUCGCAUUCCCCGUUGAGGAAGGCGCCCCCCGUCAGCGGUUCGACGCCAGCUCUACGGCCAUGCAGGUGCUGCACGGACGAAACCUGGAUGGCCAGACUGCGGUCAUUACGGGGGGCAGCUCAGGCAUUGGCCUCGAGACAGCCCUAACACUGGCAUCACAUGGCUGCGAUGUGAUCAUUGCUUGCCGCUCAGCUGAUGCUGUUACGAAAGCCAUAGCCCAGGCCAAGGCCAAAAAGCCCAGCACCAAGUUGUCCUUCCUGCCUCUAGACCUGGCUUCCCUGAAGUCUGUGCGUGACUUUGCCACAGCUUUGGCACAGCAACGGCAGUGCCUUCACAUACUUAUCCUCAACGCUGGGGUGUUCGCGAUACCGUACUCCGUCACCGAGGAUGGCUUUGAACGCACCUUUCAGGUGAAUCACCUGGGUCAUUUUUACCUAACAAUGCUGCUAGAACCACUGCUACUUGCUUCAGCACCUGCACGCGUCGUCGUACUGUCAUCUGAGAGCCAUCGCUUCAGCUUUCUGUCAAGUGCUAACUUAUCUGAAGACCGCCUGUCGAAUCCAACGGGUCAAGGCUUCUAUCCCAUGCUAGCGUACAAUGACACCAAGCUUUGUAACGUGCUGUUUGCGGCCGAACUUGACCGGCGGUGUGGGCCAAGGGGCGUGCGUGCCUAUGCUUUACAUCCUGGAAACAUGGUGUUUACUGGCCUUCCACGCGAGAGUUGGCUGUAUUGGGCUCUUUUCCUGCUGGUGCGGCCAUUUACUAAAUCUAUAGAACAAGCUGCUGCAACAACCGUGCUUUGUGCUACGGCACCAGAACUGGCUGAUGCUGGAGGUGCUUACUUCAACAACUGCUGCCAGUGCAGGCCGUCCGUUGCAGCUCAGGAUGAAGUGCUAGCUGGGCUACUCUGGAAGACAAGCCAAGCUAUGAUUGGCCGAGCAGUCCUGCGCAUUGAUCAAGAAAAUGCUAAGCAUGGUGUACAGUGAUCCAGUUGCAAAAUGUGGAGGAGUAAACUCUCAUUUCAUGAGGUCACCAGCAGUGUCGGUCCAGGACUGUGGUCACUUCAUAAAACUGUCCACUUUCAGAAGAUAGCAGGUCCUUCUACUGCUCUGUUGUACGUUGAGAGAUGCAGUGUAUUCUAAAAAAGUUUUAGUACAGCUUUUAAAACUGUGCAGCGAGUGGCUACACUUAAAAUCUGAUUUGGAAAAGACAAAACCAAAGGAAUAGUGCGUACUAAGCAGGUAACUGGCAAAGAUGCACUUCUUUGAGAGCUCACAUUUAUCCUGAUAGAAACAUGGAUGUUUUAAAGUAAGAACCCAAAAAAGAACGGAAAGAACAUGGCACGUAUUGGCAUCAGGGGCAUAUUUGAUGGCAAUUUUAACUCUUUGUAUCCCAGCAUCCACAUAUGUGGACAACACAUAUCAGCAAUGUGGGAUAAAGCUAGCCAAUGCAUUGCCUAAAAAAUCGAUUUGAAAUGUUGGCAUUACUUCAGCAUUUCAUAAAAACAUCUAGCAUCUGACUGCGCAAGCGCUUCCUGAAGCUUCAUAGCCUCAUACAAUGGUGGGUAUCUCAGGCGACCGCAUUUUGGCAGUGGCAGCAGCACUGGUAACACGUCUGAUUCUCUAUACACCAUCUCGCAAGUUAGUAGCUCUCCUUAUGUCAUAACGGUUUUCUCUUUUUUUUCUCAUACCUUUGCUGCCGCUGGUGCCAUUGUUGCUAUACAGUAAUAUAACAGACGUAACUCGUAUUUUCUUUGCAUUGUUCUGUAUCUCUUUGUUAAUUUUCUGUGCGCCCUGUUUGACAGUUGCUUAUCGAUGUUUGUUACCUGCACGUGAAGAAGAGUCUGCAAAGUGCAAUGAGUGUUCAUACAUGUACCAUCUUAGAGAAUGUGCUGGCUUGCAUGAAAAAUCAAUCAAAUCCUAAUCAGAGGCAGCAAAGAACUUGUGCAAGUGGGACCGUGGACCAAUCGCAGUGACAGUUUAGUUGUUGUACAUUUAGUUUUAGCAUCGAUCAAUCUAAAACAUGCGGGCUUGCUGGCUCUAAUGGAAAAAGUAAACGCCAUGCAACAGUCCAUUCAGUUUAUAUCUAAGAAGUUUGGCAAGUUUCAAGAAGAGAUCUCGAACCAAGACACUGAAAGGAAUUAAGAAAAAUAGUGACAGAAGUAGGGGAACGUGAAAAGGUGCAUGUAUCUGCAGAAUAGGACAUGCAACGGCAAGUGAACGAUCUAGAGUACCAAAGUAGGUGGCUAAGCCUACAAGUUCAUGGAAUUUCUUUUGUAAAGGGUGGUGAAAACUUGAUGACCUCUUUAAACCGUGCAGCUGACAAGCUUGAAAUACCUGAGCUUACAAAAGCCGAUAUCGCAUCUAUGCAUCGCUGCCAGCUGAGCAAUGCAGAAUACCAUGAAAUAUUACCAGAGAUGUGUGUCUUAAAGACAAGAAACCACUCGCAGACUGCAGCCAUCGAAUUUACCUUUAGGAAAACUUAGGCAUAGCAGGGAGAAUCUAGGUUUUACAAAACCCAUAGCAAAGUGAAAUGGCUACAGGUCUUCUAUUCGAAAAUGCGAGGGUGCUCAGGAUAAGGAUGACCUUGUAGAACUGUAGAUAGUAAAUUUCACUGCGAUACUUGAAUGGUGCAUAACGAAAUGAAAUUUUACUCAACUAGCUAUAAAAAGUGACAUUGUAGCAGCAUUUACCACUCCUUCUAUCAAAUGCACCCACCUAAAUGCACAAUCUGUGGGAAAUAAGACAAUAUGCUUAGAGAAACUAUGUGCUGAAUUUUCUUUUCAGUUCUCAGGGAUCAUGUUGAGCGAAACAUGGAGUACAGUUAAAACGCCUUGAUAAGAGGCAUGCUCUGGGGAUUUAUUCUUGUCUCAUAUAUGACAUGUCUUUUAUAAGCAGGGUACCAUGUAUGCAUUUUUCGAUCAACCCGUCUUUUACUGUAGGCACCAGGGCUGGGCAAAGAUACUUUUAGAUUGUAUCGCGAUACAAUACGAGGUACUGCCUCAAAAAGUUUAUCUAAUACGAUACUUCCCAAUUGUAUUUUAUGAUACUUCAAUACAUUCGCAAUAGUGUUGUUAUAGACCCCCACAAUCUAGUAGCGAAAGCGUGUGCACAAAAACGACACCUUGAAAAUUUCUCAAGUGUUUUUCAUUUUAAACAAAUGUUUGUUGGUAUCUCAAAAGUUUUGUUUUAAAGUAAAUCAGUUUACUUCUGAGAAACUUAUUAGGCUUUGAUUUAGCUUCUGAAAAGGGCAGCUCUGUAGACACUUUGCUGACUGCAGUUCUUGCUUGUCAUUUCUGUAAUUGAUGAAAGUUGGUGCUGAGCUUACCGACCAGCUAGUGGCUUGCAUUCUAGUCACAUGACCUUCUAUGAGAAGCUUUCGCACGAUGGUGCAAAUAGAGGGGUACAGAUUCAGCUUGUUCAUCAAAGACAAUUUUGCAAUACCAAAUCACUUGCGUACAGCAGCAAUAACGUUGGCAGUGAUAUCUUAGUGGAACAUUGCGUAUAGACGCAGGCCUACAGAGAGCCCAUAAAGCUGCUAUUACUCUUAUUCUUCUUAUGGGCUGGCAUAGCUCAUUUGUUAUUUAUGUAUACUUACUAACAUGCAACCAAUUUUCUUCAGCAUGAGGACAUGUGCACCUCAUAAACCCCUCUGACUAUUCUGUUGUCGCAUGGGGGUGACUGUGGAAAAAGUGGCAGUCACUUUGGUAGAAAUCAAACUUGACAAUUAGCUAACGUGUGCCCAGAAAACUAAGUAAUUUAAACUACAAGCAAAGCGAGUUGUACUCUGACAGGAGCAAUGAGUGUUAUCAGCCUUCGGUAAUCUAAUCAUCAGCAGAACGCGUAUUUUAUUUAUACAGCACUGAUUGCACCCUCUAGCGUCAUUGCUGGUGCUUGCUUAGCUCGUGAAUUAACAAGAGUACACAUACCGUGCAUAAUCUGAAUAGUAAUUGUUCAAUUUUUACAUCAUAAAGCUAUGAUAGGAUUAUGAGGACUGCAGAACGGCUGGGUUCUGGAAAUUUCGACCAUGUGGUGCUCUUUGAUGUGCUAUCAAAUCUAAGUACAUUUGCCUCUAGUAUUGUACCUUUAUUACCGCGCGGCUGCCGCAGCAGGAUUGCCCCCAAUCAUAACAGCACAACCGGAGACAAUCUAUAACAUGGCUGGCGGCUUGUGCUGAGCGGUCAUUAGUUGUUUUGUGACUUACAUCCAAUGACACCAAUAUGAAAAGAAAAAAAAUGAGUGGGUAGCAACAUAAUUGCACAAUUCGUUUCAGGAAGACGUUGGCUGUUCAGUUUUCCACUCCAGAAAAAAAAAAAAAGUUUUCCACUCCUGAAUAGCAACCUUCACUGGGCAAACCUGCUAACACCAUGCCAAUUUGCUUUCUGUAGGAAUAAAUCAAUGGAAUUAACACUAGCAGAGCCAGAAAAAUAUAUAUUGACUGGGCUUGAAAAUAAAUCAAUAGUCCUUGGUAUUUACAUCGACUUUUCUAAAGCUUUUCAUUAGGUUAAGCAUUACAUUCUGGAAGCAAAACUUAGCUAUUAGGGAAUAUGAGGAUAUGCGUUAUCUCUCAUCAAAUCAUACUUAUCUAACAGAACCCAAAUUGUGAAAAUCAACACUUUUACUUCUAAGGUCAGAUACGUCCAAAGCGGAGUAUCACAAGGAAGUAGUUUGGGGCCUCUCAUUUUCAAUAUUUAUUUGAACGAUAUCAUAAGUGUCAAUCCUAAGGCAAAUUUUAUUGUUUACACGAAUGGCACAAGUAUUUAUUUCAUUGGUAAUCAUAUUCAUCACUUAAUAGAACAAUGUAAAAACAAAAUGAAAAAUGUAGAGAAGUGGUCUGCAUUAAAUUUGAUGAAAAUAAAUGUAAGCAAGACAAAAGCAGUCAUGUUCAAGCCACAGAAUAAGCGCAUUCUUUCACAUCAAGUUGCAUUGCCAAAGUAUAGAAAUUAGCGAGAAUUUAAAAUGUUUGGGUGUUAUAUUUUCAGCCACCAUGUCAGUUGCAGUCGUUUGUCGGCAGGUUGACAUUUUAUUCCAGAUUCUUAACAAACAUGUCAACAACGUUAACCCUGUUGUAUUGAUUGCUGAAAAAAAUGCACGGUGGGAGUGGAAGCACCCACAGGAAACAGCAUUUGUCCAAGCCAAACAAUGUCUCAAGAACGCAGAGGUACUGGCCCAUUUUGAUUCAUUGAAAGAACUGAAAUUGGAGUGUGACGCUUCACCUCAUGGCUUUGGUGCAAUGUUGUUCCACGUAGAAGGCACCGCUCAUCGACCGAUUAGAUUUCGCUCAAGAACUCUUAUGAAAGCCGAAAGGAACUACUCGCAAUCGGAGCGUGAGGCGCUGGCACUAGUUUUUCGUGUCACUAAGCUUUGGGACUAUCUCUUCGGUCGUGAAUUCACACUUUUCCUUGGUUUGAGUUUCUUUGUUUUCUUUCUCCCAGCUGUGUUGAAGCCUUGUAAUGCGUAGGCAGGCAUUGCUGUAAAUCCAGGCAGUGUUUGUCUAUUUUAAAAGUGUUACACAGGUAUUAAUUGAUUGCUCUACUAUCUGACAUAGAUGUAUAUUGGUUGGUUUGUAUUUGGUUGUACCCUUCCUGUAAGAGCCCUCAAGAGAGGGCUAACAUUAUUGUGAAAAAAAUAAAUAAAUAAAAUAAAUAUUUACAAACCACCAACCACUCGUGGGACUGCUCAGAUCCGACCGCCCAACGCCUGCUAUGGCAGCAGCCCGCAUUCAACGGCGGGCACUUUCUCUCGGCGGAUAUCGCUACAAGCUUCAGUACACUCCCGGAAAGCAAAUGCUGAAUUCAGACGCCCUCAGCAGGCUCACACUACCGAUUUCUGGCCACGCUGUCGAGCCACAAGAGUAUGUGUUUUGUUUGCAUAGCCUGGAUGAAGGCACAGUAACGACGCGGGAACUACAACAUCUGACAAUCCAUGACAUGACACUUGCGCGCAUCAAGCAAUACGUGCUGCAUGGUUGGCCCAGAAGAGCCGCGAAAGUGUGGAACCAGACAUGGUUUCAUUUUUUAACCGCCGACUUGAAUUGUUCUUGUCACACGAGUUAGUCUAUUAAGCCCACCGAGUUGUUGUGCCCUCAGGGGCGCGCAAAUGUUUAAUGCAGCUCCUGCAUAAAAAUCACGAAGGGUCAUCGGCGAUGAAGUGCAUAGCGCGAUCUUUGUUUUGGUGGCCAGGCCUGGACCGAGAAAUUGAGAGACUGUUGGCGACAUGCAAGAACUGCAUUGACAACCUAAUUAUCCAUGCCUCCGAUCACACCACCAGCAAGCUGGCCACAAACACUUGAGAAGUGAUCACGUAUUCAUGUGAUGUGGAUUUUGCCGGACCAAUAGAAGGAAUGAUUCUGUUUGUAAUUGAUUCUCACACAAUGUGGAUAGAAGCCAUCCCUCUCAAGCAAUGAGCUACCACGGCGGCAACAGUCAGCUGUUUACGAGACAUAUAUUCAGUCAGUUUGGCGUGUCCCGAACGAUUGUCUCCGAUAACGGGACGCAAUUCGGGAUUUUGCAACGUUCGUCGAGAAAAACAUCUCGCACGUUAGGACAGCCCCGUUCCACCCACAAUCUAAUGGGGCUGUGGAACGAGCCGUACGAAUGGUGAAAGAUAGGCUUCAGAAGAUGAAGGGAGGAAAAUUGGAGCACAGACUGAUACGACUGUUUUAAGGCUACAGAAGAACGCCUCAGCAAAGUGGGAAGUCGCCAUCAGAAAUGCCUUUUUAGGCUUCCAGGUCAGAUCGCUUCUAGAUAGCUGUUUUACAUACUACAGUGGAGGAGCACCAUAUGAGAAAGGCAGAAACGCGCACGUGCCUCAGGUAAACAGCCGGGUGCACGUGCGCAACUAUGGGGCCGGAAGCAAAUGGACACCAGAACAAGCAAUAUCUACAUCUGGGACUCGAAUGGUGAUCGCAGAGACACCUGGGGCGAUCUUCCGAUGGCAUAUGUCGAUCAAGUCCGCCGGCAGCCUGCAGAAGAGCAAGCACAGGUCCAAGCGGAACACAUGUGCUCGGACAAUCCACCAGUCAGCACAGACGAAUCAGCGCCACAUCCUGACACAAGCCUGAGAAAACAGUUGAGUUCCCAAACUUUAGACCCAGAUGAUCCUGCCCCUGAAUUAGUUCCGACACGUCAGUCCACCGAAGCUGAAGUUUCAAGUGAACCAGCUCAAGUGCUACAACGCUCCAUGCGAACAUGGCAGCCGAUCUAUCGCUUUCAAUUUUAGAAGGCAGAAUUAAGUGUUGUAUCGGUAUCUGUGUCACAGACUGGCUGUUCACUGCGCACGCGUAAAAUUUUCUUCUCUGUUCCCUUUCUCCUCUCCUCCCCCACCACGAUCUUUUAUUAACACACGACGGCAGAUAAUAAACGUCAUUCCUUUGCCUGUUCUC